CUUCUGGUGCACCACAUAACUGGCCCCCUUCCAAUUAAAGAAGAGAGCUUAUGUUAUUGAAGAGCAGCUCAGCCAAUGAGGAGACAGUGCAGGCGAAGACAGCAGGAAAAAAGCAGCAGAGCGAGUGGGCAAGAGGAAGAAAAAAAAAACUGCAGUGUGUGAGUGUGUGUAGUUUUUAUCCCUCCCUUGAGCAGAUCUUUAUCAAUUUGUGUACUCCAGUCUUGGGGCGCAUUUGAAUGAGUGUCUGUGUGUGUGUUUGGGGUUAGAGUUUACAGGAGGACAGAGUAAAGUGUCUCGGAGACUGUGGACAAGCAGAAGAGCUCGGUGUCCUGAGGAGAGCAACCUGCACAAAAGGGUCUGACAACAUUCUCACACUGUGAUUACCUCCAGCCACUUUUCAAGAUUCAAGAUUUGGCUGGACCGUGUGUGCAGCCUAAAUGCCGAAGUGGAACUUGUUCAGGCAUCAGACAACGCCCAUGGUCGCUGCUAAGCCAACGGGGGCCAGUGAAUUGACCGUGACUCCAGCCCCUGUCGCAUUGGUCUCAGCUGACAACUCCACCGAACCGGUCAACAAGAACGAUGCCUUCGACGAGAUUAAAAACAAGUUCCUGAAUGAAAUCGACAAGAUCCCAUUGCCGUCGUGGGCCAUCAUUGCCAUUGCCGUGGUCGCUGCUUUACUCAUUCUAACAUGCUGCUUCUGCAUCAUCAAGAAAUGCUGUUGCAAGAAGAAGAAGAAUAAGAAGGGCAAGAAGGGGAAGGGCGACAUGGGAAUGAAGAACCUGAAAGGGGGAGAGAAACAACAGGAUGAUGAUGAUGAGGAAGAUGAUGUUGAACCUGGACUGACUGGAGACGAGAAAGAGGAGGAAGUGAAGGAAAAGGAGAAGCUUGGAAAGCUGCAGUACUCCAUUGAUUAUGACUUCCAGGAGAACAAGCUGACUGUGGGAAUCCUGCAAGCAGCUGAUCUCCUCUCCAUGGACAGCGGUGGCACCUCUGACCCCUACGUCAAGGUCUUUGUCCUCCCUGACAAAAAGAAGAAGUUUGACACAAAGGUUCACAAGAAAACGCUCAAUCCUGUCUUCAAUGAGACCUUUAUUUUCAAGAUUCCAUUCCAAGAGAUGGGAGGGAAGACUCUCGUAAUGUCAGUCUAUGACUUUGACCGCUUCUCCAAACAUGACGUUAUUGGAGAGAUUAAAAUACCCAUGAACACCCUUGACCUGGCGAAGCCAAUUGAGGAAUGGAGAGACCUGGACAGUGCAGACCAAGAAGAGCCAGAGAAGCUGGGUGACAUUUGCAUCUCUUUACGUUACGUCCCCACUGCUGGCAAACUUACCAUCUGUAUCCUGGAGGCCAAGAACCUGAAGAAAAUGGACGUGGGUGGACUGUCAGACCCCUAUGUGAAAAUAAACCUGCUGCAGAACGGAAAGAGGCUGAAGAAGAAGAAGACGACAGUGAAGAAGAACACUUUGAAUCCGUACUACAAUGAGUCCUUCAGCUUUGAGAUUCCUCUUGAGCAAAUGCAGAAAAUCCAAGCUGUGAUCACAGUGCUGGAUUAUGACAAGAUUGGAAAGAACGAUGCCAUUGGGAAGAUCUUGGUGGGAAGCAAGGCCACAGGGGCCGGACUGAAACACUGGUCCGACAUGCUGGCCAACCCCCGUCGCCCCAUCGCCCAGUGGCAUCCACUGCAGCCAGAGGAGGAGGUGGAUGCUGCCGUCGCAGCCAUAACUGCUAAGAAGUAAACUGGCACCAAAACACAUGGUCCCCACCUCCACCUGCCUACCUACCCAUGCAUUUCCCAGCAUUUCCCCAGGUCCCACAUAUCAGUGUAUAUUCCAAAAGAACACCCUAACUGUACAUCUGCUCCCUCCACCACACUCCUCUCCUGUCCUGCCCCACCCCCUUCAAAAAGACCCAUCCAUUCAACAUGAUGGUAAAUAUAGUUUAAAAAAAAAAGCAUCAUGUUAUAUGAAUUCAUGUCAUUGAAAAAAAGAAGACAAGUCACAAGAUGGACAGAUACUCCGUUGAUUUCCUUUAGAUCUAUUUUUGUAUUGGGGUUGUGGUUCCAUUAAUAAGUAUACAGAGUAGACUAUGAGGAACAGUAAGAGUGCUAUAUGGAAAUCUGAUUAUAAUGGGGAGAAAACUUAUACUCACUCAUAUUGUACUUCUCACCCUUUCCCUUUAGUGACACAGUUUGCUUAGAGUAGUGCUUAAUAAUAAAAUGCUUUAUACUGCCAUACGAUAGAGAAAUAACACAAGCAGGUCCAUUCCUUAGGUGUACUGUGCACCAUGUUCCACACCUGCAAGUUAUCAUACUAGAUGAUUCUGUUAGUUUGAAGUACAUUCCUAGAGUUGGGUAGCGAGUAGGGAUAGGCACAUAUCCAGUUACCCGCAGACACACUGCCUUUUUGAUUAGUUAACCUUCCUCCCAUCGUCUCAGGAAAACUGAGAGGUAACUGAAACUCCAUGCCUUUUUUUCUAAACGGGUUGUUAUUAUUCAAACACUCCACUCGAUGAGAAAGAAACAUUGGAUUCAACAGCUUGUUUGUUUUUUUUCAGUGAUGUAAGGCUCACGACUAGUUUCGCUUAGUCCAUGAAAUGGUGUGUCAGGGAACAGGGAGUGAUGGAUUUUCAGUGAAAAAAAAAGAAAGCGUGUUUAUGUUUUUUGUGGCUGUGCAAAAAAGCUGCAUCUGCCAUCUGUACAACAAAAAGCAAGGAUAUAUCGGAGCGGGUACAACAGAGACUGAUUUCAACCAUCAAUGACAUGAUGCUUACAAGGUGUCGAUUACUGCCUGCAGUCUACCACCUCCCCUCCCAACGCCUCUGAUUCUGUAUCUCACUUGUUCAGUGCUACUGCCAUUAGUCAUGGACUUGACACAAGGGUUUUACUUCAAAGGAAUCCCUAUAACCGUCUUACAGUCAUAAAGGAGACAAGCCUUCAAAGUAACAAAAUAAGCAAUUUUCAACUUACCAGGGACGCCUUCCAGUUAGCGGUGUUGUUCUCUUCAUUUCUGUCUUUGUGUAUUUUCUUCCUCAUUUUAGUUUUAUUUAUGCAGUUCUAUUUUAUUUCACUUUUGUUCCUCAAGCACUUUAAAUCCAAAUGUUAUGUUUAAGUACCCUCACAAAACAGAGCUUUAAUUAUUUAUGUUAGGAAUAAUUGCUGAGUUCAUUAUGUAAGCAGUUUUUUUUUGUUGUUUGUCAGCUUUUUGUGUAUGUGUUUGAAAAUUACAUUUCUCACUUGAUUGCAAGGAUAUGGUCUGGAAGAAGGCACUGAUCCAUGUGUAUUUUAUACACAGCUUACCAAACUGUUGAAUUUAAUUGCACUACUGGGUAUUACUCUGUUCUGUGGUAAUUUGACACUGUUCUUUGAUCUGUGUGGGUAUUUUUUUUCUCGAUAAAAUGUCGUGAGAUUGAAUUUUUCUGUGGCACAUGUGGCAUGCCAGACAGGUCCCCCUCACAUAAAUGGACUCUACUGACAAGAAAAGAGGCACGUUUCAAUCUACUCUUGCUCCCUGGCUCCUUCACCAAAUGAAACUGGUUCAGUAUCUGUAAAUUCAUAUUCUGUUGAAGAUCAAAUUUGAGGACAAAUUUUGUCUUGAGACAAAAUCCAAACUCGUCAGCCCUGAAUAAAUUGGCAAAAGCCUAGUUGUUAAUUAAAAUCCUCAUAUGCACCAGGUACUUGGGUCCCUGUAAUUAAAAGAAGUUCAAGAAAAUGCAAAGUCAGUGUAAUUCAAAUUUAAACAGUGCUAAAACUUUUUGGAAAUUUAAUGAAUGUUGGCUCCUUAUCUCUGUUUCUCUGUUAGAAAUUAUAGACCAUGUUCAAAUUUUUGUUUCUCAUCUCAUAGUCUUUUUUUUUUUUCUGAAGCAGCACUAAAGAAAAGGCAACAUGGAAGCAAUCAAGCAACCCAUUGGUGUGUAGUUUUGCCUAUAUAAAUAGUUCAUACACGCUGAUACUGCAUGUUUAUACAAAAUACUGUACAUAAGAGCAUGUUUUAGAGACCAAGCAAAAAUAUCUCGUGUACGUAAAUGGGUGUCAUUUGUCAUUUUAAUAACACAAUGAAGGGAAAAAAAAGAUGCACUGUAUAUUUUCUAAAUGAAACAAAUGUGUAUUUAUUUUCCAUGAGGGUCAUUGGAGAGAAUGUCAUACAAAUAUUAGAGUACUAUUACUAAUAAGAACCUUUCCACGCCUGAACUUCUUAAGCAAGUGUGUCGUCCAGUACUGUGUGUGAGUUCAUGUAGGAUGAAAAUGUAGCCGCAUGCUUGCUAUCUUCCUUGUGAUCCAAGUUUUUGAUUUGAAAUCAUUUUAUCUGCCAUACAGUUGGUUUCAGCACUUAUCUGAAGGCCAAUCUUUGUCUUGUUUCUGAAUUUUAAUGCUAUUUCUUUUUUUUUUUAUUUUAUUUUGUAAAGAAAAAAAUUUUCAACAUUUGGGAUGGGGAUGGGGGGGGUCUCCAAAUCUAUACUAUGAAUAUUUUCUAGCAACAGUUUGGAGACUUGUUAUUCUGAAAUAACUCGUUAGAAUAAUAUUGUAAAACGUAGGUGAGAUGUUGGAGUUGUUAUUUGUGCCAGUGCUGACCCAGAACAAAGUCUGUUGGAUCCUAUCUUUGUAUGAAAUGCAUUUCCAGGGGCCAAAAGAUGAAUAAUCCCAUUCCUCCGAACACAAAUGACUUGGAAUCCCUUCUUCUCUCUUUCUUUCCUUGGAUGUUUUUAUUUUCCACUUCUACUUAAAUGACCUGAAAUCCUU